UCUUUAACGUGCACACGUGCAAAAUGCAUUUUCCACAAAUUAUUCAAUGUUCUCAAAGUUAAUGAACUAGUGGGUGCUCACCAAAUUCUAAUUUCUAGUCUCUUUUUUUUGCUUUAGAAAACCAGUUGUUUCCUUUUAAAUAUUAACUUUGUGAUAGAAGAAUGGUACAAAACGAUAGUUCAAAUUCCGGCGAUGAAAAUUCCACGCCCAGUAUCUUCGAGAAUCAGGCGAAGGGAAUUCCCACAGGAAACUUCCGGCUGGUGGGAUGGGGGGUGGAUACCACGGGUCGACGCUUAAUCGACGAAAUCUGUCAAAUCGCCGCUUACACACCGAAGAGCCAAUUUUCACAGUACAUCAUGCCUUUCGCCGACUUGAACCCUUCAUAUAGGCGCAAGCACAGUAUUCGAGUGGUCAACACUGGGCGAUAUCGCAUGUUGAAGGACAUGCGAUCCAAUAAGUUCGUUAAGACUAAAAGCGACAUUUCUGCCUUGACUGACUUUCUCACCUGGUUGGAGAAGAUACAAGGUGAUGCCACUGACGGCAUUAUUUUAAUUUAUCAUGAGAUUCGAAAAGCCUCCCCUGGCAUGUUGUUGGAAGUCCUGCGGAGGUACAAUCUACUUGACAGGUUCAAUAAGGUAGUUAAGGGCUUUGCAAACGGGUUUAAUAUAGCACAGGCAAAGUGCGCUAGAACAACAAAAUCGUUCAGUUUACGAGUUAUGUCAAAAGUUCUUCUAAAUCAAGAUGAUGAAGACUUUAGUAGUGCAGUUGACAGAGCACGCGUAUCUUACCAAAUCGCUGCCCACUUAGCUCAAGGGGAACGACAGGAUCUAGAUGACAAAAAAGAGAGCACGGGCACAGAACCUGAAGUCAUCAAUUUUGUUUGUCCAUAUACUAACCCCAUAACUGCCGAGGAAGAGGAAAUAGCCCAGUUCAAGGUCUUACUUGAAAGGCAGAACACCUUCCGCCCCGUUUUUGGUGCCUUAUUACGGGCUAGCAGAUCAGAGCGACAACACGCAAGUCAUUUACGCAGACUUCUUGCCGAAAAUAACAUUAAUUACGAUAAGCUUAAAGAGGCGUACGACACAGGUGCUAAAGAAGGUUUGGACAAAGUUCUUAAAAGCGAGAUUGCUAACGCUAAGGAAGCUGAACUCAAAGAGUUACUUGACAUCUUAGAUUGUUUUUUUGACCCUGAUAAGAAAGCUGUGCAGCCAAAGCCGAGAUAUUUUCAAAAUAAUAAUAGGAAGCCUCGAGGUACAAGAAGAUCGUUUAAUAAAGAUAAAAAUUCAGAAUCAACAAGUAGUCCUAAUGUGUCUUCAGAUAAUCCUACAGAGCAAGUUAAAAUUGAAUCAGAGAAGAACGAAUCUGAGAAAGAAAAGACUGUAGAAGUGCAAUAAUUAUGAAUUGUGCCUUUGACAUUUCUCGUUUUUUUACACUUCUUUCGUUGCUUUAUUAAUCAGUUAAGAAUUUUUUUUAUUUUACUGUAAUUAUAAUUAAUGCAUAAUUUAACUUUUUAACGAAAGGUGUGUUUAUUUUGCGUUAUGUUAAUAUUUCGAAGUUUAUUUGCGUUUUGUGGAAACAGAUUUGGUAAAUCAUGUUGAUCGUGAUAUAUAAUAUAUUGCAGUUAUUGUAUAUUAAGUUGUGAUAAUAAUGGGUGAUUUUUUUGUGACAAAGUUUAUUUACAUUUGUUACAGACCUGUUAUUUAUUAAAAUAAAAUAUUAACAUUUAAA